AAGAGUAUUCAAAAAUCAGCUUGCCGAAUUUAGCCGUGCGUUCUUGUUUUUAUGUGUUUAUUGUCACACUUUCAACUGCAAGUUGUCUGUGUCUCCAUCUAUAUCUACAUCUGGUACGCACGGUCGAAGAUACAGUUGCAAGUCAAAAGCAGGCGAGCGGAGGGACACAUAGAGAAAGAGAGAUUCAGAGGGAGCGAAUUACUGCUGUUGUGGGCAUCAUGAAAGAUAAGCAUUAGAUAGCUACGAAGGGAAUAUGUGCUAAUUUUUUUCGUGCUGUAAUUCGCACUUGGCUUUGUAUAUCAGUGAAAAUGUUCUUCUCGUUAUUUGCCUUUUCAAGCCGAGCAAAUACGUGGGCGAUUCUAAUUGUCUUCGAGGAUUGAAGCGAGUCACGUUCAGCUAAAUCGCGCUGUCAAGAAAAGAAGAAAAAAUCAACGUGUAUAACAGUCAAUGUCAAAAACUCUCAACGAAAACCACUGGUUAGGCCGAAGAAGAACUGUCCUGUAGUGAAUUCGUAGUAAAAUAUAUAUAUAUAUAUAUAUAAUUGUAAUCAACAAACAUAAGUUACGAUCAGGUUAUGCGACCCUUUUAUAUAGUCCCUCCAUAAGUAAGCGUUGUCAUACCACACUGGCGACGGUAAACUGUACCUUGAAAAUACCUGGACUUUGACGGACAAAUCACAAAUUGGCUAUAGCCAACCGCCCUUGCAGCUGUCUUGAAUGUGAAGACCACAAAGUAAGACAUGAAUAACGUUUGUCGCGUUUGCAUGGGCACAGUGGACCUGGUGAAUAUAUUCGCGGAUGGAAAUAUGUCUGAGUGCGAACUCACCUUAGCGGAGGUCUUAAAUGAAUGUGUCACGUACCCAGUAAAACCUGACGAUAAACUUACAAAGAAGAUAUGCAGUUCCUGUAUUUCAGAUGUGAAAACAGCCUAUAGAUUAAAGCGCAAUGCCGGAGAUAGCCAUAAGCUACUUAGUAUGAGUCUAAUGGAAACAGAAGACUUUAUCGAUAUGCUAGCAGAAGAAGAUUGGGAGCUCGUCAAGGUUAUGAUUAAACAAGAUGUAGACGAAAGGUCUGAGCUGGAGGUACCAGUAGAGAGUAUACAAGAACGUCAAAGUAUAACUGAAAAGAAUCAAAACUCGAAAAAACUAUUUAAAUGUAAGACUUGCGGAAGAGUAUUUAGCACAAAUACGAGCUUAAUAAGACACAAUCGUAUUCACACUGGUGAGCGUCCUUUUAAGUGUCCGAAAUGCCCGAAAUGUUUUAUCCAGGCAAGUGAUCUUAAAAGACAUCAAAUUGUUCAUACCCGCAACCGUAGAAAAUAUCUAAACGAUAAUAUAAGUAAGAACGCAGAUCAAAAUAUAAUUAAAAACAAAUCGAUAUCAAGGAAAUUAGUUCAGUGUAAUAUUUGCGGAAAGACUUUUAUAGGAAAUGCUUACUUAACAAGACACAAUCUUAUUCAUACCCGCGAACGUCCUUUUAAGUGUCCGAAAUGCCCUAAAUCUUUUACCCUGGCAUCUACUCUUAAAACACACCAAACUGUUCACAGCAGCAAGCGUAUGCAGCAGCAAGUGAUUGAAAAGAAACAAAAGGAGGCAAAGUGUAAGACUUGUGGUAAGACAUUCAAAAGAAAUGAUCAUUUGAUAAGGCACACUCGUAUUCACACUGGUGAACGUCCUUUUAAGUGUCCGAAAUGCCCGAAAUCUUUUGUCCAGGCAUCAAAUCUUAAAACACACGAAGCUGUUCAUAUCGGCAAGCGUAUGUUCAAGUGUCCCCACUGCCCUAAGGACUUUAGUACAAAACAAGGUCUAAGUCAGCAUCAGAAACGACACGUUUCUAACAACGAAUCCGAAGCAUAUAAAAAAGUCAAAAUUUAAGUGAAGCCAAAAUGAACUUAACGAAGAUAUUUAAGUGUACAAUUUAUGGCUAUGCAUUCGGUAAAAAAGAAAAUUUAGUAAAGCAAGGUCUUACCGGCGAACGUCAUUUUUAAUGUCAGAUAUGCCCGAAAUCUUUUACCCAUAUGUACUCAAGAACCACCAAGUUGUUGAUACUGGCGACCAUUUGUUCAAGUGUUCCCACUGCCCAAAGGACUGUACUGUGAGAUAUAACAUAGUCAACCAUUUGAGCAGCCAAAAAAAAAUUAGAGUAGAAAUAAUCCCAUAAAAAUAUUUAUUUAUAUAUGU